CUUAAAUGUGCCUCACAUACUCUGAAUUUGAUUGCCAGUGUCGAUAUCGAACUCUCUAAGUUUGACAACAAGACAUUUCCGAAACGAAAUGCCCUGCGACAAGCACUUUCAAAAAUGCAGGCUCUUUGGAAUAAAAUUGGUCGUUCUAUAACUGCAGCAGAGAAAUGCAAAGAAGAGUUUGGCGUGUCACUUCAAACACCGUGUCCAACGCGGUGGAAUUCGUUGUAUGAUAGUCUUUCGUCUUUUCUUAAGCACUACAAAAGUCUGGAUACGGCCAACACAGUAUUCCGUUCACUUGGCAUUCCAGCUCUAACGAAAGACGACUUGGAAUUGUUGCUUGAGUACAUGCACUGCGUAAAACCGUUAGCUGCCAUUCUAGACAUCUUUCAGGGAGAAAAAGGGUGUUUUCUUGGUAUUGGCGUUGUCUUGCCUUUGCUUACGAAGCUAAAAAAGCAACUGAAGCAGCGUGUUUUUCUUAAUGUAGGACCGUUACGUGACAAAAUACUAGCAAGAAUUGAAGAUAGGUUCGGUCAUCUAUUUAUCGACAACACGUACUUAAUAGCUGCUUACACGCAUCCAUUUUUUAAAUUGAAUUGGGUAGAAGACUCUAAAGAUAAGGAGGAUGCUGUCAGCAAAUUGAAAUUAUUGUUAAGCGAUGCAGAAUCACCUCUCUCAGAAAAAAGUGCAUGCUCAACAGAAGACUUUCUUAGUUUUACUCGAAGUAAAAAUUCGGUAAAACCUAACGAGGUUGACUACUUUUUAGCAGACAAUGAAGUGAGUAUAGAGAUGCUUAAUCGAUAUCCCCAAAUUAAAAAUCUUUUCAUAAAACACAACACCUCAAUUCCAACUAGUGCUCCAGUGGAACGUCUUUUUAGUCAGGCUGCACUUGUUCUAACUGUUAGAAGGAACAAACUGUCUGAUAGUUUUCUUGAAAUUUUAAUUCUUCUAAAAAUAGCCCUCCAUGUCUAAUUUUCAUUCUUAUUUUUUCCAAAUGCAAUCUGUGUAUAUUAUGGGCAAUAGCAAUAAAUAAUGGAAUGAUGUAUAUGUGACGUAACGUCAUACGUUUGAAGUAUGAAAAAAUUUACGUUACGUUGACGUUUUUUUUUUUGACUUAUUACGUAGUACUUUUAAAAUACGUAUGACUUCUACGUUUUUUUGGUACGUCAACAAAUCCGUU